AUGUCAACAACACGUGUUCACCUGGCUUUGUUCAUUUUUGUUUAUUUUCAAGUUAAAAUAAAACAAUUAACAAAUUAAAUUAUCAAUAGGGAUACCAAUUUAAUUAUACUCAACAAUGGAUGACAGUGAUGAUCAAGAUUUCGUUUCCACUGAGCAUGACCGUCUGGUUAGUGCUAUUACCAAGUUGGACAAAACACAGCAUAUUAAUAUACCGACUAGAAAUGAAUCCACUAAUAUCAAUUCAGAGUUUAAUCUCAUAAAAAGAUCCAAUAAAUUAGAUUUAAAUAAAGCUGUUAAAGUUUUAAAAGACACUGCUCACCAUGCGAAAAUAACCAAAAAGUUAAAAGGCUCGCAACAUAAGUCGAAAAUACUCCCAAAACCAUUGGAAAAACCUCAAGCAGAACGUAUUAAAAGAUCAGCAGGUUAUGAUGAAACCAAGGAGAAAAUAACAAAAUGGGAUGCUGUCGUUGCUAGGAAUCGUACAGUUGAUUAUGUUUCAUUUCCAUUACAAUCAGCUAUUGCAGUGAAAGAACAUCCCACUAAAGUUAUUUUGUCGAAUCUAAGAUUAAAGUCUAAUCUUGAAAAAGAGCUAGAUGAGAUAGAUCCUCCUGCAGAUAAUAAUGAAGAGGAAGCAGAACAAUCAUUUCCUAUGACUUAUGAAGAAAUGAUUGAACACAGAAAACAGUUAGCAAAACUGAGAGCUCAGCAGUCAUACAAGGCUGCCAAGGCCAAGCGGCAAAGCAAAAUUAAAAGCAAGAAGUAUCACAGAAUCCUUAAAAAGGAACGAUUGAAGCAACAACUUAAAGAAUUUGAAGAACUGCAAUUUAAGAAUCCUGAAGAAGCACUUAAGAAAUUGGAAGAAUUAGAGAAGGCAAGAGCUUUGGAACGACAUACAUUACGGCACAAGAAUACUGGCAAAUGGGCAAAAAACAAACUUGUCAGAGCUAAAUAUGAUAAGGAGGUCAGGCAACAAUUGGCUGAGCAGUUGUCAGUCAGUAGAGGUCUUACCCAUAAAACACAAAAUCAAGAAAUUUCUGAUGAUGAAGCUGGUGAUAGUGAGACAGUAUCGAAUGUUCCUCUUGCUCAAGAUCCAACCAAUCCUUGGAUGAUGCAAAAUUCUAAUAAGUCCAAUAUAGAUGAAGAAUUCAAUUUUGGUUACAAGAAAUACUUAAAAGUAAAAAUGCUUAGAAAACCAGAUGGUAAUCAUUCAGAUGAUGAGAAUGAUGAAGGUCAGGAUGAAAGUAAUUUCAGUGCUCUGAAAGAAAGUAUACUUAAGUUAGGGGGGAGGAAAUUGACUAGCAAAAUUGAUAAAGAUAAUUUGGACAUAAAUAAUGACACUCAAAUAAUAUCAUCCAAUAGGAAGAAAAAAUUUGAAAAAAGUAAAAUUGUUACAGCUACUUCACAAUGGAUAGUUGAUGAUGUUGUGCAACAUAAUAAUAAAAAUACAGAUAUAUCUAAUGUUUUUGAUUCACUUGAAAAUGAAAUUGUUAAUAAGGUUGAGAAAAAAUUAAAUAAACUGAAAGCUGAUAUUGUUAGACUAGAUAGAAAGCCAAAACAAAAUAAUAAAAAAUAUACAGAAAAUCAAGACCAUCUUGAGUCUCUAACAUUUAAGAAUAAAAACCAAAGACCAAUAAUUGACGAAGAACUCAUUGAGUCAAACAAAAAGAAUAUUACAGACAUAGAUUUAGAGAAUAAGACCCUAACAUCAAUAUUACAGUCAGGACCUGAACCAACUCGGCCAAGUGAUAACAUUGAUCCAAACACUUUUAUUGAAGUGAAACCAAAAUAUUUAAAUACUGCUCUGUCUCAAGGUGAAAAUGAAUUUGAUGAUUUAGAGGAUGAGGAACAGAUUGUCCCCAAAGUUGACAUUGAAGAAGUAUUUGAAGAGGAUGAUGUUGUUGCAAGUUUUAGGCAAGAAAAACAAGAAGAGAUAGAUAAUGAUACACCAAAAGAAAUUGAUCUUAGCCUACCAGGAUGGGGACAAUGGGGUGGAAAAGGUGUUAAGGCACCUAAACGUAAAAGAAACAGAUUUAUAACUAAGCCCGCCCCAAAAAUUCCUAGACGAGAUGAAAACAAAGGUGAUAUAAUUAUCAAUGAAAUGAAAAUGACACAACUUGCAAAUCAUAAAGUAUCUGAAUUACCAUUUCCAUUUACAAGUGUAAGUGAUUUUGAAGCAUCUAUAAGACUUCCUAUUGGCAAUACAUUUAUCCCUGAGACUGCACAUAAAAAAUUGAUUCGACCUAAUGUAAUAACUAAAGCAGGUACAAUUAUUGAACCUAUGGAUGAAGAACAGUUACUUGUUAAGAGAAAUCAGUCAUUUAAAAAUGAAGAUGUAAUUAGACUCUUAGCUAAGAAAUAAAAGCAAUAUUAUAAUAAA